GGCAAGACUAUCCGGAGUCGAGCGGCCAGACGACAGUGGACUGCGAGAGAGAAAGGCCAAGGCGGUAGAAGAGCCCGUCAAGCAGUCUGUUGAGAGUGCGGAUGGCGCUGCUGCUGCCCAGGCAGGGAAGAAGACCAUCGGCAGGACGCCAGACGGCACUGGUAGGUGGCCAACCGGCAUCUCUGCACCAUUAUCAUACAAUUACACCUGAUAUUUUCUUUGAAUACAGGCUGACAAGACUGCAGCAUUCACCGUUCCACAUACUCGGGACAUGGUCUCGCAGUUGUUGUCGCCCUCGGAGCCCAAGAACCUGUCAGACAUCCUGGUGCUGUCCAUCAUCGGCCUGCACAUCGUCCUGCUCUACCUGCUGCCAUCCUUCCUGCGCAUCCCCGUAUUUGCCGUCCUCUUCCUCGCAUGGCGUGCUGCGUACAAUAUCGGCAUUGGAUGGCUUCUCCACAUGCAGUCAAACCACUCUACGAUGGUGCUCUGGGCCCGCCAGACAAAGAUAUUCGUGAAUCCGGCCACUGGAGACAACCCGCACCCCAAGCUAUACAGCUUCAUCAAACGCGAGCUGGAGACCAAGAUACCCGAAGACUACUCCUUUGAAGAUGCGCCCAUAGAGUACAAUACCUGGCUGGUCUUUAGACGGGUUGUCGACCUCAUCCUCAUGUGUGAUUUUACUUCCUACUGCCUCUUUGCGAUUGCAUGUGGCUCCCGGCCUGCAGAGGAGAACUUUUUGAUGCUCAUUCUUCGUUGGGUUGUUGGAUUGGGCCUUGUACUGUUCAAUCUCUGGGUCAAACUUGAUGCGCAUCGUGUCGUCAAGGAUUUCGCCUGGUACUGGGGUGAUUUCUUCUAUCUUGUUGAUCAGGAGUUGACCUUUGACGGCGUCUUCGAGAUGGCUCCCCAUCCCAUGUACUCGGUUGGAUAUGCUGGUUACUACGGAAUCUCCCUCAUGGCUGCCAGCUACAAGGUGCUCUUCAUCUCGAUUCUCGCCCACGCAGCCCAGUUUGCCUUCCUUGUCCUGGUUGAGAACCCGCAUAUUGAAAAGACCUACAAUGCGCCGCCACCAAGAAAGAGAACCAUUGAAUCUCAUGCUGGACUCGCCGGGGAGGAGAAAUCCAGUCGCAGACCAUCUGACAGCAGUGAAAUGGUUCCCCUUCCAUCUCCGGUUGCCCUGCCUUCUUCAACUCAUAAUCUCGUCGGUGUCAAGAACCUCGAUCUCCACCGUAUCACUGAUUCUUCCAUCAUCCUGAUCCAGGUUCUCUUCUUUGCGCUUACCAUGCUUACCCCAUCCACUCCCAUAUAUCAGUUCUUUUUCGUCUUGAACGCUGCCAUCUGGCGACUCUGGUACUCCGUUGGCAUCGGUUACAUCCUCAACUGCCAAUCCCACCGUCGAGAAUGGACCAGACACUUUGUCAAGUUUGGAGAAACCAAGGAGGAAGCCUGGAACCAGUGGAAAGGAACAUACCAUCUUAGCAUGACCCUCUGCUACGCCAGUUUCAUCGCCGCCGCCUGGAAGAUGUACACUCUCCCGGAAAACUGGGGAUACGGUCUUGCCAUCCUCAAACACGUCCUUGGUGCCGGCCUGAUCGCACUCCAGAUAUGGACCUCUGUCAGCAUCUACGACUCCCUGGGUGAAUUUGGCUGGUUCUUCGGUGACUUCUUCUUCGACGAGGCACCCAAGUUGACAUACAGCGGUAUCUACCGCUUCCUCAACAACCCGGAACGUGUCCUUGGUCUCGCGGGUGUCUGGGGCGCUGCACUCAUUACCAGCAGCCGGGCCAUGAUCUUCCUCGCUCUGCUCAGCCAUACCCUCGGAAUCGCAUUCAUCCAACUCGUCGAACGCCCACACAUGCAGAAGCUAUACGGCCGUGGACUCCGACAGGAUGCUGGCUUGGUACGCAGCAUCAAACGCUCGCUUCCCCCCUCUUUCAAACAAUUACACGGCAGCGUCGAUCGGAUCCUGGACGAAUCAAUUGAAUUCAUCGAGGAAGUCCUCGACACUGCACGACCAAAGCUCGCUGCCGGCGUCACCACCUUCGUCAAGGAUACCAGUGAGCUAUUCCACAAGUACCCUGCUCGGAUCACCAUCACCCGUAUCGAACCCGAUCUUGCCGGCUACAACAUGAACGACUACUCCAUCAACAUCGACACAUCCGACUGCAUCACCAUCCGAGAUGGCGCGGAAGACAAAUCUGAAGUGCUCGUCUUCGAAUACGGUUCCCCAAUUAAAGUUAACUGGACUGCACCAUUGAACCAUAGCAAGAGGGACUGGGUAGGCCUGUACAUGAUUGGCCAAAACCCGUCUCGUGAAGUCACCAAUGUUUCCUCCUGGGGUCGAUGGGUAGCUACCAACCAUGGCUCUUUUGACUCGGUACUUAGCGAAAAGGGCUUAAUAGCAAGUGAUAUCGUCGUUUCAAAACCCGGCGCAUCCAACGCCAGCAAGAAACCAUCCGCCAAGUCAGGUUCGGGUAAAAAGUCCUCCGCCUCCUCUCACGAAGUAGCUUCUGGCCAAAUGGUUUUCUCUGGAGACAAGCUAUGGUGGACCCAAGGCGUGUUUGAGUUUCGAUACCAUCAUAACGGGAAACACAAUGUCAUGGCUACCUCACGACCAUUCGAGAUCCAUAUACCCAAGUUUGACGACGGACAAAUUCCAUCUCACGUCGCUGGCAAUGGCAACGGUUUCAUGACCACGGCAAUCGAACAGGCCCUUCUACCCAUUGUACAGAACUGCUUUGAUAGAGAUCCAGAGAUCUCGCCGCAAACUGCCGAGGAACCCUUUGGAUGUGAGACCGAGGGUGAUCUCAAGUACGCAAAGAGGGUUGUGUAUGCUGUUCAUCAGAUGUUUGGAAUUGAAUUCGCUACUGAAGUCGUUCGCGCCGAUGGCAACGUGCAGAACCUCGCAUGGAGGAUAUGCAAUGCAAAGAAAGUAUUGGUACGUUAUCAAACCACCUUUUCCCGCGCUUAUCUGUCGAAUAGCAUCGGCUGAUGACCUCUUUAGGCACCGUAUAGCAUGCGAAAAUCAAAUGGCGCCAGCACACCAACUGGUGAAUCCGAAGAAAUGAAAUAGACACCCCAGCAAAAAAGAUACAGUAUACCAAGUUCCUUAUCCCUCUCUGGAAUCCUUAUCCCUCAUUACCCGGGUUGUUGUCCGUGUCUAUGACUUCAUUGCUUGUCUAGGCUAAACCCUCCCACCCCCAAUACUACAUAUAUCAUUACACUAAACUACAUUACACUGCAUGCUUUGGGCUUGUUUCAUAGAGCAAUUGAAUCCAUAUAUACCUAUUCCUUGCAUACACGCUCCCUCUACCCCAUGCACUCUGCACUAUGAACAUUCAUAUCCCCUUGCUCUUCAUGGCGUAUGAUUCUUCAUCGUUAUUAUCAUGCAUUUUACGAGAAUAAGACGGAAAACAAAAAAAAGAAAGGAGAGGAGAAGAGAGAUGAGAUCGGGCGUUUUAUGAGACAAUGUUAGAGUAGCUUGGAUGAAUCUUAAUAUAUCCGGGUUUCUUUUAAUUUGUUCUCGUAGUACCUUUGACCUAGUCUCCGUAGGAAUAUAGACAAGACAUAUAUGCGCACGCCCAUGGAUAGACACUACGACACUACUAAGAAAGGACUUGAUAAGAAAAGAAUGGAUUCAUUCAUAUAAUAUAUUCAAAAUUACGCUAGAUACGAGAUGAAUCUACAACUUACACCUUCAAACAGUCAGUAACAUUCUUGACUGGUAGUAAGCUGCAUCUCACAAACAUAUACAGGGCAAUGUGAGUAAGUCAGGUAAGCCGUUUUAAAUCAUCCCCUUCCCCCAUCCAGACCACCGCCCAAUCAACACUCCAAAACGAAAUGAUGGAAGAACAGUAGUCCAGAUAGGACUUUGACACUCAGUAACCAGACUAUAGUUCGAAGAUAGAUGUCCUUGCCUUCCUCCACAACCAAUCAUCCCCAUCCGCUUUGAAAGAAGACAGGUCCGGUAUCAGGGAGGGGAGAAGACCUUCAAAUCAAGCCGGGAAACAUCGAUGUCAAAUGGAGGUUACCCUUUCGGGAUCUUGGAAUGGAUUGACUUGGUAUCAUCAUGAAGGAAUGUGUUGGAUAUGUUUGGCAGGACGAAGUAGUAUGGGAGGCAAAAUCCGCUUUUAACUCACAUUUUAUGCAAUCCGAUGGGUCGGGAGGCUUGAUAUUGGUAUGAUUUCAAAUCGAACGGCAAAACAUAUCUACAAGAGCUAUCCACUUGGACAUGUUAGUCAAUAUGCAUCUUGAUAAGUGGUUCCAGGAAUGACAAGUCCAAAAGUUGUGAAUGUGAUCAGGAAGUUUGGUAAGAUUUUGUUAUCUUCAAUGAUAUUGCAGAAGCAGAACUGAAAAAAUGAUUCUCAUCAUGAGGGAUUUUGGCGCGGUAAAGUCGGUUGUAGGGUAGUUUCUUACCUCCACUGUUCAAUUGGCUUGUCCUGCCACCCAAUUGAUCCGCCGCGAAGCAAUUUCGCAGUUACCUAUUCUCGUCUAUCAGCAAGAAGGCCCUCCCACGAUGUGAUACGAGUCAAAAGAGAAGAAAGAAGAAUUCAGAUGGUAGUGCAUGUUCUGUAAGGCUCAUUGUGAAUCGCCGAAAGAACUUUUGAAAAUAUGCAUCAUAAAAU